CAUCUGAAUUGCAGAUCUAGUGUCUCGGCUUGUGAAAUGGAGGGCGAAGACGGUUCGGAAUCGCAGCAGUCGCGCCACCCGGCCGGAACCCUGGAUCCGGCGACCCAGAAGAGGCAUGCCGCAAUGAUCGACCGCCUCGCUAACCUCCACCAGUCCCGCCUCCAGCAGUCCGCCGCCCGGAGCGCCUCUUCCGCCGCCUCACCUGCCUUCGAGUCCGUUGCCGCCUUCCUUACCCGCUUCGACGAAUCUGGACGCGCCGUGGAGGCCGAAAUCAAGCGAUGCCGCGACCUUUCCGUAGACCCGGCGUCGGCUCCUUCCCUGAAGCCCGAGCUCGAGAAAGUAGCUGCCUCCAUCGCCGACCUCGAUCGACUCGUCGCUGAGAAUUCCUACUUCCUGCCAACCUACGAGGUUCGGUCCUCCUUGAAGGCGAUUUCCGUUCUGAAAGAGGCCUUGGACGCCGCGAACUCCGAGCUAUUGCCCAGGAAAAAGUUCUCUUUCAGAAACAAAACUUCCAAGAAAGAUCCCAUUUGUUUGGUUAAAGAAAUCGAGGAAGAAAAAGGCCCUUCUUCUGACAAAAGGGUUCUUGCGGCGGUCCGGGACUCACCGGGAUUUAGGAACAAGGAAGGCUCGAUCUUGAUCAAACAUUUCAGGGUAUCCGAGGAGGAAGAGGGUGAUUUUACUCUCUCCGGUCUCAAUUGUUGCGAGAUCUAUCUCAAAGGCCGGCUUCGAGCUCUCUUCAUUCACAGGCUCACGAACUGUCGGGUCUAUGCUGGUCCUGUUCUUGGGUCGAUCUUAAUAGAAGAGGUGAAUGACUGUUUGUUGAUGCUUGCGUCGCACCAGAUCAGAAUCCACCAUGCCACAGCUACUGAUUUCUAUCUCCAGGUCAGAAGUCGGCCAAUAAUUGAGGACUGCAGUGCAGUGAGAUUUGCUCCCUACCGAUUGUUUUAUGAAGGGAUUGACACAGAGCUACGAGACUGUGGACUUGGGGAGGAAACAAGAAAUUGGGCCAAUGUAGAUGACUUCAAAUGGUUAAGAGCAGUGCAGUCUCCCAACUGGUCUCUGAUACCGGACGAAGAACUUCUGGGCACCGUCAAUGUUUCAGAUGUCAAGGAGCAAUGUGAAGACAAAUAGCUGAUUGCAACCUAAAUAUUCACGGUCACAAAGGUGUAGGUUGUAGAUCGUCAUGCAUCUUCAGCAGAGUAGGUUGUAGAUCGUCAGCAUCUUCGGCAGAAGAUGUCGCCAGAGAAGCAGCAGGUUCCAGAUCAUCGUUAGCAGGCGGGGCUUCAGCAGGAGCAGGUUGUAGAUCGUCAGCAUCUUCAGCGGAAGAAGGCGGCAGGAACACCGCUCUGUGCUCCUCAGACUGUCCUCGCCGCUGCAGCUGCUCAGGCAGCAACGCGACUGCGGCAACCGACCAUCUCCGAGCGCAUUGGAAACCGCCAGGGAACGAGGAAAUAUGAAAAGAAUGACGAGUAUUUAAUGCAAAUUAAAUAUUUUCCUAUU